GGACCGCGGAGGGUGUCCUGGGUUGGCUGUCCGAGGGAACUCGCGCCCCGGGGGUGUAGUUCAAAGUUUGUAGCCACGUGGGUUAGCACGCGGAAGGAGGAGGGUCCCGGGGUUUUUUUGAACCCCUGCCUGACACCAUCGGAGCCUCUCUCAGCGCAAGAACUGCUGCUGUCAGGACAUUCGCCAUGCCUUCCGCGGAGAUCAUCAGUGGGAAAACCGUUUCCGCCCAAGUAAGGGAGCGACUGAAGAACCAAGUUGCAGAAAUGAAAGUAAAAGUUCCUGGUUUCAGGCCAGGCCUUGCUAUUCUGCAGGUUGGUGACCGGGAUGAUUCAAAUCUCUACAUUAGCAUGAAGCUAAAGGCUGCCGCUGAGAUCGGGAUCAAUGCCAAUCACAUCAAGCUGCCAGGCACUGCUACAGAAGCUGAGGUGCUCAAAUGCAUUAACAAUUUGAAUGAAGAUCCUGCCAUCCAUGGGUUUAUAGUGCAAUUGCCUCUGGAUUCGAACAAGCCCAUCAACACAGAAAAAAUAACUAAUGCUGUGGCACCUGAGAAAGACGUCGAUGGCCUGAGCAGUGUAAAUGCAGGGAAGCUGUCACGUGGGGACCUCAGCAACUGUUUCAUUCCUUGCACACCCAAAGGAUGCAUGGAACUUAUCAGGCAAACAGGUGUUCAAGUAGCAGGCAAAAAAGCAGUAGUGAUUGGGCGCAGUAAGAUCGUCGGAGCUCCUAUGCAUGAUCUGCUGCUUUGGAACCAUGCAACUGUGACCACUUGCCAUUCCAAGACUGCAUCGCUGGCUGACGAAGUCAGUAAAGCAGAUAUCCUGGUGGUUGCAGCUGGAAAAGCUGAGAUGGUAAAAGGUGAAUGGAUCAAACCAGGUUCAGUAGUGAUCGACUGUGGGAUCAAUCACAUUCCAGAUAACACAAAGGCCAGUGGGAAAAGAGUUGUUGGAGAUGUAGCUUAUGCUUCAGCAAAGGAGAGAGCAGCUUAUAUCACCCCUGUCCCCGGUGGGGUUGGACCAAUGACCGUUGCAAUGCUGAUGCAGAGUACAGUAGAAAGUGCUCAACGUUUUCUUGAGAACUAUCAACCUGGCAAGUGGAAUAUUCAAUAUAGACUGCUCACUCCUGUAACUCCUGUUCCAAGUGACAUCGAAGUUUCACGGUCAUGUACUCCUAAGCCCAUUGGUGAACUGGCCAGAGAAAUUGGCUUGAUUUCAGAUGAAGUAGAGUUGUAUGGUCAAUGUAAAGCCAAAAUCUCACUGUCAACACUGAAGCGUCUCAAAGAACAACCAGAUGGAAAAUACAUUGUAGUUACAGGCAUAACUCCCACACCACUGGGGGAAGGGAAGAGUACUACAGCUAUAGGGCUGGUUCAGGCUUUGGGUGCGCACCUUGGUCAGAAUGCCUUUGCCUGUGUCCGUCAGCCUUCUCAAGGGCCUACUUUUGGAAUUAAAGGUGGUGCAGCUGGAGGUGGCUAUUCUCAGGUUGUUCCUAUGGAAGAGUUUAAUCUCCAUCUCACGGGUGACAUCCAUGCUAUUACUGCUGCCAAUAACUUGGUUGCUGCUGCUAUUGAUGCCCGCAUCUUCCAUGAAGCUACACAGUCCGAUCAGGCACUCUAUUCACGGUUGGUUCCUUUAGUUGACGGUGUUAGGAAUUUCUCUGAUGUCCAGAUUCGAAGACUACAGAGAUUACAUAUUAUGAAAAUGGACCCAGCAACUUUGACAAAUGAUGAAAUAAGCAAAUUUGUGAGAUUGGAUAUCGAUCCAGAUAGCAUAACAUGGCAACGAGUACUGGAUACAAAUGACAGGUUUCUGCGAACCAUUACAAUUGGGCAGUCUCCAUCUGAGAAGGGAUACACACGCACAGCCCAGUUUGACAUUACAGUAGCUAGUGAGAUCAUGGCAGUUUUAGCACUCACAAACAGCCUGGAGGAUAUGAGAGAACGCCUGGGCAAAAUGGUGGUCGCCUCCAGCAAAAAAGGAGUUCCAAUCACCACAGAAGAUCUGGGAGUGAGUGGUGCCCUGGCAGUUUUGAUGAAAGAUGCUAUUAAGCCCAAUCUCAUGCAGACUUUGGAAGGUAAUCCAGUGUUUGUCCAUGCUGGUCCAUUUGCUAACAUCGCUCAUGGGAACUCAUCGGUCCUGGCAGACAAGAUUGCCCUGAAAAUUGUUGGCAAGGAUGGGUUUGUUGUGACUGAAGCUGGCUUCGGAGCUGAUAUUGGCAUGGAAAAAUUCUUUGACAUCAAGUGUCGGUAUUCUGGUUUGCAGCCUCAUGUGGUAGUCUUGGUUGCCACCAUCCGAGCUCUGAAAAUGCAUGGUGGAGGACCCACGGUUAUGGCUGGAGUCCCUUUGCCCAAAGAAUACAUUGUGGAGAAUAUUCCACUUCUGGGAAAAGGUUGCAGUAACCUGCGCAAGCAAAUCGAAAAUGCCAGAAUUUUUGGUGUCCCAGUAGUGGUGGCAGUCAAUGCAUUCAAAUCAGAUACAGAGGCAGAACUACAGCUGGUCAUCCGGUUGGCUAAGGAAGCUGGUGCUUUUGAUGCUGUCAAAUGCACCCACUGGGCUGAUGGAGGUAAAGGAGCGGUGGCAUUAGCAGAAGCCGUGCAAAGGGCAUCACAGGCCCCAAGCCAUUUCCGGUUCUUGUACGAUGUGGAGCUGCCAGUUGUAGAGAAGAUCAGAAUUAUUGCACAGAAGAUCUAUGGGGCAAAUGACAUUGAACUGCUGCCAGAAGCUGAGUUGAAAAUCAUUCAAUAUACCAAACAGGGGUUUGGAAACCUGCCCAUCUGCAUGGCUAAAACCCAUUUGUCAUUGUCUCAUGACCCAGAACAGAAAGGAGUGCCCACCGGAUUCAUCUUACCCAUAAGAGAUGUCCGAGCCAGCGUGGGUGCAGGAUUCCUUUAUCCCUUAGUAGGAACAAUGAGCACAAUGCCAGGACUUCCUACCAGGCCUUGUUUCUAUGACAUUGAUCUGGAUCCUGUGACUGGGGAAGUAAACGGACUAUUCUAAGACAUCAACAA